AAUGUGUGGUGGGGGCAUGAAAUCCAGCGUCGUUUACGGUUUCGGUGUGAUCUGUGAUGUCAAAUGUCAAAACCGAGAUGUAGAGUCGUAUACUGAAACGUACAUUGUGCGGAUAGUGAAAAGUGUGCGGGUAACAGCAACAAAAUAACAUCCAGAAUUCAUCAAUUAACAACGGGCAACUCACGCAGACACUAUUAAAAUUACGCAACACAAGCGAUAAACCACGCCAGUUUUCCAAACCAUAACAUCACAGAAUUUUAUCGAUGGUUACAGUAAAAGAUUAGAUUAGAUUAAAUUGAAUUAACACUUGUUCAUAGAUCAUGACUGCGACACUUCGUAAUGAUGUGAAACGUAUCAGUUUAUCAUGAGGUGCAGACACAAGCUCCGACAGUGACUCAGCGCAUGUAAAUACUUAUGGGGAAAGUUUUACCAGACUGGUUUUGAUAAAAUCAGAUGACACUGAAAAAACAGUUACACCCAGUGUGUCUUGUAUACCUACUGUGUUUGGAAAACACUUAGCAAAUGUGCAACUGCAGUCAAACUUAGAACAGAAAGACACGACUUGUCAACAGGAGAUGGUCCACUGCCAGCUAACAGCCACACUUCUGAACUGACCACUAUGACCACAACUGUAGGUGAUUUGCCAGAUGAGAUAAUGCUGGAGAUCUUCUCGUACAUGAGCUUGAGUGAAAAUGUCAACCUUCUGCAGAAGGUGUGCAUCCGUUGGAAGAGUAUUGCCCAAGAUGCUAAGUUGUGGUAUGACAAGCAAUAUGUGAUUGGGUACACAGUAGCCGAUGAGGAGGCCAUAGCGACUUUCCGAGCAGCUCCGCAGUUGCGCACAGUGAUUGUGGAUAGAGAAGUUGAACCCGCUGUCUUUGAGGUUCUGUCUAAAAGCUGUCCCGAGGUCACCACACUGGAUAUCGAUUAUCGGCAGACCUUUCAUUAUACAAAAGCGAAGAAUCUGUUUGACGGAUGCAAAAAGAUCCGCACACUGAAGAUCUCGGAGAGGGGGCUGCUGGCCGACGCGAGGUUCGUGGACGCGGUGGCGGAACUGGCGCAGCUCCGUGCGCUGCAGCUGAAGCCUUACCACAAUGUGGGCUGCCAGAUCCCACUGAGAGGCCUCGCCGACAGGUGUCCGCACCUGUGCGACCUGGACCUGGGCUGGCUGCACUACCGGCUGCAGGAGGCAGAGUACUUCCUCAGCACCGAGAGACGCGCGCUCAGGCGCCUGUGCCUCAAGUGGACUGCGGUCGAGGGAAGGAACAUAGUCCCUCUGCUGGUGAAGUGUGCUGACACCCUAGAAUACCUGCAGCUGAAUACGUACGACAUUGUAGAUGGAGAAGAUUUGGAAGCAUUCAGGGCACUGGGACGGCUUCACAACCUGCGAGAUCUUAUCUUCGAUAUGAUAUACAAACGGAUACCGCACGUAAUUCCUGUGCCAUUUAUAGGUGGAGGCCUCUCAAACCUGCAGCUACUUGGUUUGUGGCGUAUCCCUGACCUGGGGAAUGAGGCAUUGCUCGCCAUCUCAAAGGGGUGCCCAAAACUGCGAGAGCUGUCAUUGAUCGCUUGUCGCGGACACACUGAUGAUACUUUCAAGCUGUUCCACCAGCUAAAACAGUUGGAAAUACUCAAAAUAUCCUACUGUGACUGUCUUCGUGGAGAUGCAAUUCGCUACAUAUCUGCACUGCCAGCAUUGCGAUCAUUGGAAUUCAGAGCAAUAAAAUUUCAGAAACUAGAGCCAGGUGUAGAAUGCUUCCUUGAUAUGUCCGGGCUUUGCCGCCUUCACCUUGCUGACAGCGUAUGUUGGUCUAUACCAUUUGGCAAAUUUCCUGGACGACUCAUUAAUCUAAGAGAGCUGCACAUCAAUUAUUGUGAUGGAGAUGAUGGCGAAUUGGACAAAAUACGUCAGCUGAUGCCCGAGUGUCACGUCGAAGGACGCCUCGGAGCUCUUAUCACGGACAGUGAAUGAAAAGUGUGUGUCGCCCACUGCUCAGAGACGGACAGCUACGAAUGCUUAUGAGGAAGCUACCUUUUUAAAAUCUGUGUAUCAGCAGUAAUUUUAGUUUUACUUCCUGAGGCUAAGUGCUGGGUGGCCAUGUAAUUUUAUGGCUGUGUUGUUAUCCCCUUUAACACGAAAUACAUCUACUGUACCUAGCCACUACUUUCCUUCUACAAUCACAUACAUUGAUCAGCCCAAACAUUAUGACCACUGACCUACUAUCGAUACAAACCCACCUAGGUGAUAGCAGCGGCACCUGGCAAGGAAUGACUGCCAGUGAGACAUAUGCACGGUGCCUCUAGUGUCAGUGAGGGUGCUGUUAAUGCGUAGAAUGGGGGAAGGCGGGCAAUCUACCUGAGUUUGGCUGAGGGUGGGUUAUAAAGGCCCAGAGGCUCAUCAUGAGCAUUUUGGAAACUACACGACUUGUUGGGUAUUUGAUGAUUGCUAUGGUGAGUAUCUUCAACACGUGGUGAAACCGAGGUGAAACUCUGUCCAGACAUCGUGGGGUUCGGCGGCCACACUCCAUUACAGAUGUUGUACGAUGUAAGCUGGGCAGCCCGGUAAAACAGGAUAGACGGCAAACUGUGGUGGAACUAACAUCAGUCUUUGAUGCUGGGCAGAAUGCAAGUGUGUCUGAACACAACACGCACUUAACACACCUAACAAUGGGGCUGCGCAGCUGAUAACCAGUCCAUAUGCCAGUGUUAACACCGUGACAUCGGCAAUUAUGACUGAAAUGGACACGUGACCUUUGGCACUGGGCAUUGGCGCAGUGGUAGAGAAUUGCACGGUCUGAUGAAGCCCAGUACUUUCCUCGUAGUGCUGACGGGAGGACGCAAACCCGUUGUCACUGAGUGUAACAUCUCCUCGACACCUGUACUGAGGGACGGAGCCAAACUGGUGGCAAUUCCAUUAUGCUGUGGGGGAUAUUCACAUGGCCAUCCGUGAAGCUCGUGCCAGGCACCAAAAUGACCGAGGGUGUUGUACACUGGUUGGAGACCACCUACACUCCCUCAUGAUGAUCUAUAACAAUAUUAUGAAAAGGAAAUGCUGAGAUGCAGAUAGGAACAACAAAAGGCUUCUCUGGCAGCUGAAGCCACACACUGAUUGAUUUUUGCCUUCAUGAUGAUCAAGUUUCCCAAUGGCGGUGACAUUUUUCAACAACAAAAUGCCCCAUUUCACAAGGCCAGGAGUACAAUGGAGAGAUUCGAGGAACGCACUGGUGAGUUCCAAUUGAUGUACUGGGCUCCAAACUUGCCAAAUCUGAACCCCGAUAGAACACGUCAGGAAUGUGAUGAUUAAACAAGCCGUCAGAGCUCGUGCCCCCGCCCCCCCCCCCCCCCCCCCCCUCUGCCCCAUUCCCGGAACUUUUGGGAAUUAGGUGACCUUCUGCAGAUGUGGUGCCAACUCCCUCCAGCAACCUAGCAAGGCCUAAUUGAUUCCACGCAUCGACAUGUCGGUGCAGUUUUCCGUGCCGAGGAUAUGUCGUCAUAAUGUUCUGACUGAUCAGUGUACGUCUGAAACGUGUUUGCAAACUUGUAUCCUAAAUUCAGAAGCAGGAACUAGUAAAAAUAAUUUAUGAUUGAGUACUUAUCCUUGUUUUGCUUUUUCAGCUGUUAACAUCUGUGAAAUGUACAAAUAUCAAAGAAAUCUUAUUGUCAUUAUAAUAUUGUAAAUUGAGAUUAAAGUUCCAUAGUUUUCUGUU